AUGGUCAGCGUCCAUUCUUAUGCCGAUUCUCAAGAUGUUGCAGAUGCGGUUGCACGGUAUGUGAUUCAGAAUCAAAAUGCUGCUUUGGAGAAAAGCAACAAAUUCAGAAUUGCUAUUAGUGGUGGAUCUUUGGGCAAGGUCCUCAACAAAGGAUUGAUAGCCAACAAGAAGAACUUCUCUAAUGUCAAAUGGUCCAAAUGGGAGGUUUAUUUCAGCGAUGAGAGAUUGGUUCCCUUGGAUCACGAAGACUCCAAUUAUGGACUUUUCAACGAAAUGGUUCUCAAAUCAUUGAGAGAACAUAACGUUGAAUUACCCGAGGUUUUCACCAUCGACGAGUCCCUCCUUGCCGCUGACGGCUCCACAGAUGACAAAAUUGCCUCUGACUAUGAGGACAAGCUCCCUGAGGCAUUAGAUUUGAUUUUGCUUGGAUGCGGUCCUGAUGGGCAUACUUGCUCGCUUUUCCCAGGGCACAAGCUUUUGAGUGAGAAAAGCAGAAGAAUUGCCUACCUUCAAGACUCCCCAAAGCCACCACCAAGAAGAGUGACGUUUACAUUCCCUGUUUUGUUUAAUAGCAAAAACAUCGCUUUCGUUGCAGAGGGUGCAGGUAAAGCUCCGGUUCUCUCUCAGAUCUUUGAAGAAAAAGAUUCUGGUUUACCAUGUGAGCUCGUCAACAAGGGACCUGUUCCAGUAUCAUGGUUUGUCAACGAUCCUGCGGUUCAGGGCGUGCCUGUUACUCCUACUAAAUACUAA